AUGUCAGGGGACAACCUCACAGUUGUGAUGGAAUUCAUUCUCCUGGGAUUUUCUGAUCUUCCCAAACUCCAAGGGAUUCUCUUUGCGAUUUUCUUAGUCAUCUACCUAAGUAUACUGAUAGGAAAUAGCCUCCUCAUUUUCUUAAUCAAGAUUGACUCAGGUCUCAAAACCCCAAUGUAUUUUUUCCUUGAGAACUUUUCCUUCUUGGAAAUCUGUUACACAUCAGUCACUCUCCCCAGAAUGCUGGCAGAUCUCUGGACCCAGAAGAGAACUAUUUCAUUCCUAGCCUGUGCUGUACAAACUUGCUUCUUUUUUAUUCUGGGAGUGGCAGAGUGCCUGCUCCUGGCUGUGAUGGCUUAUGAUCGUUAUGUGGCCAUCUGUAAGCCUCUCUACUAUCCUCUCAUCAUGAAUCACAAGGUAUGUGUCCAACUAGUUGUGGCUUCCUGGAUGAUUGGGGUCCCAGUAUUGAUAGAGCAGACAUAUCAGAUUUUUUCUCUGAACUUCUGUGGUCCUAACAAAAUCAACCAUAUCUUCUGUGAUGCCCCACCUUUAUUCAAAUUGGCCUGUGGGGACACAUAUAAGAUAGAAAUCUCUGUCCAUGUUGUUGCUCAGCUAUUCAUCCUAACUCCUUUUCUGUUGAUACUUGCAUCAUAUGUUAAAAUCAUUACUACCAUCCUGAAAUUGUCUUCAACCUCAGGGAGAUCCAAAGCCUUCUCCACCUGCUUCUCCCACCUCAUGGUUGUGGGCUUAUUCUAUGGGUCUGGAAGUAUUGUGUAUUUCCAGCCCAAAUCCGGUCACUCAGCAGGAUCAGUCAAAGUGUUUGCUCUUUUCUACACCACUGUGACCCCAAUGUUCAAUCCCUUGAUAUACAGCCUGAGAAAUAAGGAUGUUAUUGCUGCUCUGAGAAAACUACUUCCUAAAUGA